CCCAUGACCAUCGGUCCAUCACAACAAAAACCCACCCAAAAAAAAAAAGAGAGAGAGAAAACCGCGGGAAAAUGUCUGCAGCGACGGCUGUGGUGAAGGGAUUGGUGCUGUCCCGGCCAGUGACUUUUGUCACCGGCAACGCCAAGAAGCUCGAGGAAGUUCGUGCUAUUCUGGGCAACUCGAUUCCCUUUCAAUCGCUCAAACUUGACUUGCCGGAGCUACAAGGUGAGCCGGAGGAUAUCUCCAAGGAAAAGGCUAAGAUUGCUGCCAAAGAGGUGAAUGGACCGGUGCUGGUGGAAGAUACUUGCCUCUGUUUCAAUGCCCUCAAGGGUCUGCCAGGGCCUUAUAUCAAGUGGUUUUUGCAGAAGAUUGGGCAUGAAGGUCUGAACAACUUACUGAUGGCAUAUGAAGAUAAAUCAGCCUAUGCUCUUUGUAUAUUUUCUCUUGCUCUUGGGCCAAAUAUGGAGCCAAUAACUUUUCUAGGAAAAACUGCGGGCAAAAUUGUUCCUGCCAAAGGACCCAAUGACUUUGGAUGGGAUCCCGUCUUUCAACCUGAUGGAUAUAAUGAGACGUAUGCUGAGAUGCCGAAGGAAGAAAAGAACAAGAUCUCCCACCGCUCCAAAGCUCUUUCCCUGGUGAAAUCCCAUUUUGCUGAGGCUGGAUAUACAUUUCAAACUGACACGACAAUCGCAGAAUUAGAUCACGGAAAUCCGAUUUAGUGCUGUCAGCUAAAUCUGUAUCUUUCACUCAUCAUACUGCACACACUGGAGUUGACUUGUAAAAGGAGAUUAUACGACUAAAGUUUCUAAAAAACAACGUGAACUAUCCAAAACUUUGCUAGAUACACUGCUUUUGGUUGUUCCAUCUAGCUGAUAGUUCACAGGACGGACAAACUGCAUUAUUCGGUUUGGAUAGAAUUUCUGCUCUCAUUAACUUUUGUAGCUGAAAUACAAUGUACUGUUUAACUUGAGAAUGGCUGUUCAUAUGGUGUUAAUGUUAGUUUCUUGACGGAUCA